UUUAUUUGUGAUGGAAUGGACGGUGGCCUGUAAAAAGGAUCAAGAUUUUUACGAACAGGAUCAGAGAUUUUGAUUUGAUUUUCCAACAUAACAACAACGAUGUGUAAUUUUGUUGAUAAACUAAUUACGUGACUUAAAUCAUUGUAAAAAUAUUCUAAAAGAACCUUGUUAACUAAUUCAGAAAUGUAGUUUCGUGUAAUCUUUCAAAGAAUCAAGAUUAAAAUGUGCAGUAAAAUUGUAAUUGUGCUGAUUUGCUUAUUAUUUUUGGGUGUGACAUCAACUCGUAUUAGGGGUGAAUUUUCUACAAAUGAUUUCUUUAAGUUCCUUGUCAAGUUUGGUUUUCAAAAAACAGAUAUUCAUUACCAAAAAGAAACAUAUGGCUACAUUUUCGGCAACAUCACUUCCAACCAACAGUUCAAGUAUCCAAUAACUUUUGCUGUAUUGGACGGAAGGAGCUUUUUACACUAUUAUAAGAGUCGUCAUAUAACUAAUAAAGAGUUAGCAUGUCAGGUGAUGUUCGAGAAUUUGAAUAACUCAGCUUUUCAUCCUAAAUGUAACCCUCAUGGUCAAGAUUUAUUCAGGCGGAUACCCUGCCGCAAAAGUGAACUGUGUGUUGAUGAAGACACUCCAUGGAAUGUGAUAAAGAAGAACCAAUUUACCUAUGUUAUAGAAAAUACUGGUCAGCCUAGAUUUUGGUACAUCUCUAUGGUAGCAUGUUAUCUGGACGAAUCGACAUGUUCAUGGCAUCACUACAGGGGAGCACCAUCAAAAGAUAAUCAGACUUUGACCAAAAAUUCACAAACCAUACACUAUGAUUUUUGGUUGGUGAAUGGAAGUCCUAAUUUGUCUCUUUACAACACACUCCUCUAUCAGUUCUCAUUUGACAGACAAAACACACUGGAACUGUAUUUGGUGUUCUGGCUUUGCUAUGUCAUUUUGUUGCCAGUUCAAAUUUAUGCUGUCAGAACCCAAAAGCAUCCAGUGACCAAGUUGUUUACAUUCAGUCUCGUCCUGGAAUUUAUUGCUCUAUGCUUUAAUGUACUUCACACUGUUAAGUUUGCAGCAGAUGGAGAGGGUUUCUUGGACCUCUCAGUGGCUGGAGACAUACUCGACAUAAUGAGCCGUACAUUAUUUAUGCUCCUACUGCUAUUAUUGGCAAAGGGUUGGGCAGUUACAAGACUGGAACUUACUUAUAAACCACUUGUGUUUGGUGUUUGGCUAGCGUAUGGAAUAGUGCACAUUCUCUUAUAUGUUUGGAACACUACUGAAGUGGACAUAAUAGAGGAGAUAGAUGAAUACCAGACUUGGCCUGGCUGGUUGAUACUGACUCUCCGAGUUGUCAUUAUGACGUGGUUUGUGGUGGAGCUUCGCAACACUAUGAUCUAUGAACAUAAUAUGCCGAAGCUCAAUUUCCUUCUACACUUUGGUGCAUCCAGCCUCGUGUGGUUUGUUUACCUGCCGGUCAUUGCGUUAAUAGCUUUACAAAUCAGUCCCCUGUGGAGGUUCAAGUUUUUGUUAGGCAUAACGUAUUCAGCCGAUUGCCUAGCGUUCUGCGUAAUGGCACAUUUGCUUUGGCCGACGCGCUCGGAGCAGUAUCUGCUGCUGGCUCCUUCUGAUUACACAGCUGGUAUCGAAGAGCUGGACGAAUUCAAUGAAGCGCCUCACGUGGUGCACAGCGACACACUAGCGCUCACCGCGGCGGAGAGCGUCAACGCCGAUGACGAAGACGUCAUAUUCACGCGACCGACGCACAAGAACGGCCUCGCGUUCUCAUAGCAAUGCCAAACUCACAAGAAAGAACAUGUUCGUGUAGAGCUGAAUUAGUGCUUUUAUUUAAUUUCAUUACAACCAGAACUGAAUCCUCACACGUGUGUAAAUUACACCAUUAAAGUGAGCAAAGUAGCUCCAGUCUACGGUAUCAUAGCCAAGCUACUCUAUUUAUUAAUAUCUAGGUCAUUGCAAAGAAUAUGGAAAUGUACAAAUAGCCUUGCCAUUUAAUGGUUUUAACAUAAUAUUAUAAUACUUUAACAAUGUUUAUCAUACUUCCACUGAAACUACUCACAUAUAUAUAAUAAUACAUAAUUGACCAUGGAACCUAAAAAGGUUACCAAAGUUCAAUUAUCCUGUUAAAUUGGGUUUAAAGGCCGCACUCAGAGACUUGUGAUAGUUUUUAGUUUUAUUAUAAUUGAUGACCCCAUUGUUUUCACUUUCUAUGGGAUAGCAAUAGAAUAAGACAACAGUUUCAGGAAACAGACUUCAGUUGCAAGGAUUAUAUUUAAUUGUCAUAUAUAAGUGGCUGCCUUUACACCUUUUUAUUUUAUGAAGAUGUAAAUGAACCUUGGUUAUUUUUAAAAAUUUUAAAAUGUAGAAUUUUAUUAGAAAAGAAUUGAAUUUACGCGAUUAUAAUUUAAUGUAGGAGAGUUUCAGAAAGCUAUAUGCUAAAUAUUAACUUUUAAAAUAUAAUAAAGUAAACAAGACUAUAAUGUACUUGCUUAGAAUCAUAAUAAAGUAGAUAAUUUGGAGAUUACCUUACCUGCAAGCUUAGAAUACUUAUUUUAAAGUUUAUAAGUUAUAGGUAAAUAUUAUAAUCAGAUUUAUAAUAAUAUAAUACAAUAUAAAAUAACUAAUACCUUCCUAUUGUUUGAAUGGUCAAAGAAUAAAUGUUAUUGUUAUAUAAACAGUUAGGUACAUGGUGACUACAUCCUGCAGGUGUGUAUAACAACAUCAGCACAGUUAACAACCCCCGUAAAAGAUUAUUUUUUUUUAUGUAACCACGUAACGUAAGCAAUUACAAUAUUAGGGGGAAAGUGUGGAGUCCUCCUUAGUGGGGAAUUGUUUAAUACACAUUACAUACCUUAAUUUAAAUUUAAUUUACGCUUCUUAAGGUAAAUUAUAUAUAAUCACAUUUAUUGCAUUAUAAAUAAACGGAAUCAACAGUUUAAUAUUUAUAAAAAAUAUCGCAGCUUGGGCGUUGUCUAAUAAUAUCUAAGCGUCUGAGAUAAAGCGUGAUAAAUUCUAUCACAUUAACGACGAUUGCGCGAAGUGGAAGGGUUACUCACAGAUGCCAACAGACGACGUGGCACAAGAAGCCUGGCAUUUCCUCUUGCAGGCCUUACGGCACCAGGCUGUUUUAAAUCAGCCAAGUGGGAUGCGUAGCCAUCGGUUAAUGUGGUUGCUAAAUUACUAUAUUUUUUACUAAUUCGACCGAUGGCGUAAAUCUGUUUUGGGGAUAAUCCGCAAUUAUUAUAAACAGUUAUAUCUUUUCCUGAUCCAUAAGCAGCAUGUAAAAUAACUCCGUGUUCAUUUAUAAGGCUGUUCAGAUGUGCUGCUUUAUGACCCAAUGGGUCUGUUGAAAACCCAUCAGAAAAAAACACUAAUCCAUGAGGAAAAUUGUGUUCUGCCAACCAGGAUACUACUUUUCUUUGUUGCAUAUCAGGGCGUCCAGUGAUAUAAAGAAUUAGAUAACCUAAGUCUUGCCAAAAACGGACUACGUCGACUGCUCCAGCUCUCACUUUUGGAUCUCUCCCAGUCACUGAUACACUUGCAGUAAAAGAACCAUCAAUACUAAAGACAAUGCACUCCGUUUGCGGUGGCACAACAGCCAAAUGGAAGUUGCAGCUUGUAUGAUCACCUCGGACAACAACUCUCAUUGGGUAAAUGCCACAGCCUACACUAUGUUUUUCUGAUAGUGUGUAUGAGAUUCUACCCGUUUUGUCUGUAACUACGGUAGAUAAAAUUAACCAUUCACCUGCUGGAGGAUCUUUCAUCAUGUAAAUGUCUACUUUUUCUCCUGUCAAAUUUAUCAUAUCUAGGGGUCCAUACAUAAACCUAGCAGUGAAUGUUUGAGGAUUUCCUUCUUUUACAAUAACAUCGUUCGCUCUAUGAUUAGCAGCCACAUUUUUUAACUUAACCGAUGUUCUUUUUCUCAUCCAUUUUUCCCUUUCUUGAUCUGGUUUGAAUAAGGUACAUUCUUUAUCUUCACCAUGACUAUACAAGGCUAAAUCAAAAUGACCAACUUGGCGCAAUAUAAAUGCAAUUACGUCCGAACUCUCCCAGUAACUAGCAUGAAAUAAGUGUGGUAAGGCAUUGGUAGGAAAAUUUGUUAAUCCCUCGGGGCAAUAUAAAGCGUAGUCUAAUCGUUUGGAUCCCCACCAUUUCUGCUGCAAUGCAUUCAUAGUAAUCAAAGGAAUAUUAUCAACAAGACCGCUAACUGUACUCUGGACUGAUGCUUCAGAUAAUCUUCGCAAUACGGGAGUUGGUGGCAUUUGUAAUUGAUCCCCGAAUAGUUGUGGAUGACUUUGAAUCAACUCCAUUAAAUGAUAUGGUUGACCAUUACCUAGAGGGUAUUUAGCGUAUCGUGCAACAUUGAUUGGAGGUAAAUUAGUAAACCUAGCUGAUAGCAAAGGUUCUAGUCUCGAAGCUACUGGAUCAGUGGGGUGAAAUAAAUUAUAUACUUGUUGGACAGGUGGUUUAAUUAUAUCACGGCUUUUAUCAUCUGAUAUUUUCCGGGAAGCCAAUAUCAAUGAAAGCGGACUUCCAAAUGUAAAGAAGUCACAUACUUCAAAUUCGAACUUCACCUGAUUGUCACUUGUGGAAGAAGAUCGUCUCCUAGGUGUUGGAGCUUGUAAAUGCGAUUUAUUUAAAUAAUUCUCAGAUGGAUCAUUAGGUAUCAAGAUUUCAGUAUCCAAAAUACUGUUUUCACUAUCAUGUCGUGAUUGAUAUUGUAAAGUGCGGCAUAGCGCAUCAUAUGCUAAAACUGAACCCAUACUGUCACCAACAAUGCAUACUUGACCAUUGAAACCUUUUCCGUCUUCUGAUUUUAUAAACUCAUUAAAAACAAAAUUAGCGCAGUUAAUUGUUUUUGUUACUGAGUCUGUGUACUCGGGAGAUGAUGUUGCAAUCAAAGGUAUAGCCCCAAUAGGUAUAAGAUCGUUCGUGAGAGAAGGAGUUUCAAUGGUCGAUGGCGAGCAAUCAAAACUAUAGGGACUUAAUGUAGAGAGAAUACCGAGAGCAUCCGUGCAAAUAGACGGACACGAUACUAAUUUUAUAGUUAUAUGUCCGACUAAAGUUGGAUAGUGUUGACGCAUCACCGAUUCAAAAGCACCCUUAAAAGUAGUGACAUCAGAUUUCUUUGCUGUCAUAUCAACAUUAGCAUCUAAAACACUUCCGGCAUGAAAUACAAGUAUUAAAACGGUAGUCGGACAGGAACCAUGAACUGGCGUUUCUGGACAACCGUCAAUACUUUGGUGGCUUUGUAAAGCAACCAUUCUACGAGAACCUCUUUCUGAUGUGACUCUUUUCAAAAAACUUGGAUUAAAUAUGCUGUCAUCUUGACCUUGAUCGCCUUGGGUUGGAGAUAUAUCAAUAUCAGCUUCGUCUAAAGAGCACAUUGAUGACCAUUUAUUAAAAGAAGAUUCGCAGUCGUAAAACUCAUCUUCAGAUCCUGUCUCCGUUUCUGAUUCUCUAACUAUUGUUUCCAUGCGCCAGUUAGCCACUUGCUGUUGUAAACUUUUAAUAGAACCAGAUGAAGAGGAUCUUAGGUUAGAUUUAGACAAACUUUUAUGGUCAGAUGGUGGAGUUCCUUCAGGAGAUAAAUGUUUCUGAAUUCUUUUUUCAGCUGUAUUCUUUUUAGGAGCUACUGGUGUCGGUAUGUCUUCAUUUUUCUCUAAGCUACUCAUAGUUGCAGCCAAUGAUUUAGAAUUCUCUUCAGAGAGGUCUUGUUCUUCACUAGUGUCACCAGCCAUCUUCUUCUGCAAAGCAAGUUGUGUCUGCCGUUCUAUUUCACGUAUGUCCUCCAUUGUUAAACCAUGCCAUUCAUCUUGCCAAGCCCAUGCUUGUCUAUGAGCUCUAAGCAUAGUUUUCCUCAAUGCAACAUCAUGAAUAAAUUUCUCCAGUUUGGUUUGCAUCCCCCAAUAACGAAACUCCACUCUACAGAGCUUGUAGGCACACAUAAGAGAUUUUCCAUUUGGUAGAGGCUGAGGUUUUCCUUGAACUUCACUCCAGUAAUCUUCUAACCAUGUAUCAUUUAAGGGACCUCUAAUACAUUUUUGAGAAACAAAUAAUUUUGGAUCUUCCUCUUUAACAUAGUCUGCACCAUAAAGCUGAUCUUUAACAACAUCUAUAACAUCAACAAUUCUAUUUUUUAAAUCACUUCCUGAUAAAUUGAAGACAUUAUCUUGGUGGCCAUUAUCAGCAUAAUAAUAAGUUUCUAUUUCUAAAGAGAAUUUUUCAACAAAUGGACAAGUAUACCUGGUUUUGGUGUAUGGGUAGGCAUUCCAAGCUUCUUCAGACACAGUCAAAGCCGAUUUUGGAAGCAGACUUUUGAACCAACCUGGCAAAUGGCUACCAACAUGGUAAAUUUUCUGUGUGUACUGACCUUUACCUCCAGGCCCAUCUUCAUAUGGCUCAUUGACUAAAAUUUCGACACCACUACCUUCUCCAGAACUUUCUUCUCUACUCUUCUUUGCAAUCAUAUAAAGCUGCGCAAUACGAUAUUCUUCUACAGUCAGAGGUAGAGGAAUUCUGUACUCUUUGAUCAACAUCUUGAAGGUUGGUUUAUCUAUCGUCAAUAUUCAUAACAACUAUCUUUUGUAACACUUCGUGCUUGUGAGUAAUUCAUACAUCCCCUUCGUUUUCUAGUCACUGUAAUAAUAUUUUGGUUCCAUUCAUCUUUUACCACACAAAACAAAACCACUCACUAAUACGAUUGUACGAAGGAUGAACUUUGACAUUUAAAAAGUCGCGUCGCGUCGCAAGAACGUCCUAAGCGCCAUUCCUUUACAUGCUUACAAUAUAUACACUGACAUAAAAUCAGAAACUUGAUAGAAGCACCUAUAAUUAUGGCAUAAAUAUCACGAUUAUCUAGUGACUAGUUGCGCAAAUAUUAACAAUUUAUUGGUUGCAUAUGUACAAGGUACACAAGGUAAAUAAAUAAAGUGUUUACAGGCAUGGAUUCUUUAUGCUCGG